AUGAAAAUGGGAAGAGAGUUUGUGUGGUGCCUAGUGUUGGUUCAUUUUGCCUUCACUAUAUCUUGCGAGGCAAAACUGGUUCAGGUUAUAGAAAUAUGUAGGCAUGGAGACCGUUCACCACUCAAUACUUAUCCCAACGACCCGAAACCUUACAAUCUAUGGCCAGGAGGUCCUGGACAACUGACUGCCAAAGGAAUGAGAGCUCAUUAUGAACUUGGGAGGAGACUUCGACAAAGAUAUGUAGACUCCGGCUUUCUUCAUAACAACUUCUCUGUCAGUGAGGUUAUGGUUCUGUCCAGUGACACGGAUCGUACCCUGAUGAGUGCAUAUUGUCAGAUGGCAGGAAUGUUUCCUUUUGAAACGGGACCGGUCGCGAGAGAUGAACAAGUCACAGCACUGACUCCAGCACUUCCUUUUUUCUGGCAACCGGUACCUAUUCAUUCAGAUGUCCAAAAUAAUGAUAGUAUGAUAAAAGUUGGUGCGGAUUGUCCCAGACAUGAGCAGAUUUUGGAACUCCUCCGUCAUUCUCAAGACUGGCUUUCAAAAAGAAAUGAAAGUUGGUUGUUAUUGCAACGAGUUGCAAAUAUUACUGGUCUAGAACAUUGUGACUUGGAUGAUUUGGGAAGAAUUCUUGAUGUCUGGACCUGUGACCAAUCGCAUGGCAUACAAGUUCCUCAACUAGACGAAGACUUGUUUCAUCAAGUAGAGAAUGUGACAGCUUGGGUAUAUCAAAAAAGUUAUGAAAGCGAAGAAGUUCAACAGUUACUUGCGGGCUUGCUUUUGGAGGAUAUUGUAUCCAAUAUCUUGAACAGAGUGAGUCAAAGGUCACUCCUAAAGUUCAUUUUAUAUUCAGGUCAUGACACAACUAUUGCUUCAGUAUUGAGUUGUCUGCAAGCAUUUGAUGGAUAUAACCCGCCUUAUAAUUCAACUAUUAUACUGGAGUUACAUUUGAAUGAUUCUGUCAAUGUUUCCGAUAAUCUGAAUGACUACAAUGUGCAUUUAGAGUAUAACAACGCGACUAUAUCGCUGUCUAUUUGUGACGAUCCUUGUCCUCUCACGUCGUUUAUUCAUUACUUGAAUGAAUUUACUCUUAAUGCUAGCCAGCGUAAGAAAUUGUGUGUAUGGAGAGAACCACAGAGCUAUUCUCAAUGGAUAGAAUGGCUUCCGUCGACAGGACUCGUUUAUUUUCUCCCUUUGGUCGUUACUGGGACAGUCAUCUUAAUAUUAAGUCGGUAUCUCUACAAUAGAUUUGUCAGAAAAAUAAACAGAACGAACGUAGAGGAGUCAGAAGGGCCACUUUUGGUAUCGAACUCUUCUUAACAUUUGUGAACAGCUUAGCCAACUUAAGUAAUAAACAAACAGGAGAAGAGGGAUAGGCCAACGAUCAAAUCUGGAGAAAAUUCACAAAUGAUUCUUUA